GGAGCAAAUGGUUCUGAGUGCGGUUUUUGUUCGGUAUGCAUGCAAGUCCUUGGCCCCAAUACAAGGGUGAACGGGUUCCGGAGUUCAUUUCGGAGAUCCUGCUCCAACGGGGACAAACGAAGGAAGAACCCACGAUGAGUGCAGGGUCUCUCUCCUGCUCUCCCGGUUUCUCCACUUUGCAGGUUGCAAAACUGUUGUUUGAUUGAUCUCUUAGAGAUUUCAUCUUAUCUGUAAGAAAUUCGAGCCCUUCUUCGCAAAUUCCCUCUCCAAUCUUCGAUUCCGAACCAGAUCUAUUCUUUCUUUCGGAGAUUUCACGUCGUUUAAGGGACAGGGUUUGGGAUUGGAGUCAUGGCUUCAAGAUCUCACUCUUGGAUUUUUCUCCUUGUUCUUGUUGCCACUGUAUUGUUGCCCGUCUUGCCGGCCUUUGCUCAGGAAUCUGAGCUUGGAUCUGGCAAAGACCUGUCUAACGAAUCGUUGAGGGACCUAGGUAGGCGUAGCAAGAUUGUUCUGCACACCCUUGAGAACAAUGAUGCAGGUGAUAAAAAUGAUGCUAACUUACUAAACAUUGGUGGAAUUUCGGAACCGUCUGGUCUUGGGAUUUUUGAUGCGUUCUUUGCUAGUUUUUCAAUGAUCAUUGUUAGUGAGAUUGGAGAUGAAACAUUCAUAAUAGCAGCACUUAUGGCAAUGCGCCACCCAAAAUCAAUUGUUCUCUCUGGAGCCCUUACUGCCUUGAUUGUGAUGACGGUUCUCUCCACUGGACUUGGUAGGAUUGUGCCAAAUUUGAUAUCUAGGAAGCAUACGAACAAUGCAGCUACAGUUCUUUAUGCAUUUUUUGGGCUCCGGCUUCUAUACAUUGCUUGGAGAUCAGAUUCAAAAUCAUCACAGAAGAAAGAAAUGGAAGAAGUAGAAGAGAAACUUGAGGCAGGACAAGGGAAAACACCUUUUCGCCGUUUAUUUUCAAGAUUUUGUACACCAAUCUUUUUGGAGUCUUUUAUUUUAACAUUUCUAGCAGAAUGGGGAGAUCGCAGUCAGAUAGCAACAAUUGCACUGGCUACCCACAAGAAUGCAAUUGGAGUUGCGGUAGGGGCCACAUUCGGACACACAAUCUGCACAUCACUUGCAGUGGUAGGAGGAAGCAUGUUAGCAUCCAAAAUUUCACAGGGCACCGUUGCAACAAUUGGGGGCCUGCUUUUCCUUGGAUUUUCGUUAUCUUCAUUUUUCUAUCCUCCACUAUAAUCAUGAUUCUUCUUGCUUGAAGUGAUUUUUUACAGUAAUUUUUUCCUUAACUUUUUUGCCUCGUUUAUCUUUGCUCCCUACCUUUCCUCCAACUAGAAAUUCAAUCAAUUAGAUGUUUCAGUAGACAGAUUGCAGCCUUAUUCUUUUGUAUAGUAAUAGCAGAUAUUACUGAUGUUGUCUUUUAUAUGAUACUACUAGACAUCAAUGAAACUAAGUUCCAACUUCAAGAA